AUGCAGUCUCACUAAUAAAAUGUCUAUCAAACGGAAGAUUUCUGAAGAUCUGCAUCAUGAUCCCAGUGCUAGCUGUGGUCAUACCAAGCGGCCCAAUUUUGGAAAGAGGGUGCUGGACAAGUACCGCCAAAAUGGACAGGACCUAGCUCGGCAGGGCAAAUAUGAAGAAUCCAUUCAAGUUUUUAGCUAUGCUCUUCUGCAAGAAAACGCCAAUAUGUCGGAUAUCUUGGACAAUCGGUCCGCUGUAUAUUGCAAACUAGGCCAAUACGAUAAAGCUCUGAGUGAUGCAAAACGAUUGAUUAGAUCAGAUAGUCAAGACGAGAGGGGUUAUUUACGCGCUGCUAAAGCACUUAUCCUAACACACAAACCCGAGAAAGCUCUUGAGGUAUAUGCAUAUGCUUUGAAAAGUAUCGAUAAAUAUCAUCCACAGCGUGAGGUACUGGAAAAGCUUCGUUCUAAACUUUCUGCCAAGCUGGAAUCACAGUGUAAAGAUCCAAUCCAAACUCUGAAUAACGAUUGUCUGCUUCAAAUAUUUGAGUACAUACCUUUCAUGCAGAGAGUUAAGUUGACCCGAGUCUGCAGAUCCUGGAAAGCAUAUAUCACAGGACAGUCAUCGCUUUGGAGUGACAUCUCUUUCAAGGGAGGGCGGUCACCAGUCUCACCGGAAACAGUCAGAGCAUGUAUUCGGUACUCUGGGCAAAGGCUCAGAAAGACACAAAUUCACAACGUCAAAAAUUUUCUCAAUGCUAUUCAACAGAUUUCCCGAUGCCCUAAACUCGAACAUCUCGAUAUUGAUGGCGUCGCUGCGCAAGAACAUAUACUCAGCCUAUUCCGUCGGAAAUAUACUCUGAGAAGCAUCAUUAUCUCAAAAAAAGUCACACUUGGCAGAAUGGCCAUGAUAGAAUUACUCAAACUACCGAACUUGGAACACUUUGAAGCUGGCCACCAAAUCACCCCAGAGGAUCAAAUGGAUGAAAGUCAAUGCGUGCGCACCCCAAAUUUGAAAUCCUUCACUCUGAACUUAUCAUGUUAUUUGAAUUCCGCUAUGAAUUUCAGGCCACAAUGGGCCAACACCACUACCCUAGAAAAGAAAGAAUACGAAGAAAAAGAGCGACAACUGCGCCUAGUUGAUCCGAUCCCCAAAUUGGAGGUCUUACGUCUUGUAAGGGAUCAAUCUACCAGUCGAGGGGUCUCCUUAUCCCCAUUAUGGUUUUGCAGUCCCAAAUUUCGCACACUUGAUUUUCGUUCUCUCCAUUUGAUGUUAAAGUGGAGUUUUCCCGAGAAUCUUGAGAACUUAUUCCUCAUUGAUUGUACGAUUGCAUUUGCCACAGAAAAUUUCCUUCCUUUCAAGCUUCCAAAACUCAAAAGUCUAGUUCUCUGUCAGCUAGUCUGGCUUAGAACCAUCCAUUUAGAAAAAUUCCUUACACACAACUCUGGCGCUCUAGACACUCUGCAAAUCGAACAAUGCGAGGGCAUCCAGUCGACAGACACUCUCGAAACACUCAAAGCUUUGCCCGACGCACUCAAAAAUCUAAAAGUGUUGCAUCUUUCUGGAAUGGGAUUUUACUCUCUCGAUGACAAUCUGGUUAUCGACUUCAUCUCCGGAACAAGGCUCAAGGAACUUCACCUAGCGCAUUGCCAGGUGACUGGGUCUCUCAUCAAAAAGAUCGUUCAAUGGCGAAACCUCGUGUCUAAGGAAGAUGAAUUCUUUCCGCGUAUUGAUGUACUCAGUAUUAAGGGUUGUGUGGAGGUCUCCCCUGAGGCAUUUGAGUGGGGUCGUGCCAACGGCUUGAAAAUUCUGAAAUAAAUGUCAUUCCUAUAACUCCAACCUGCUCCCUUG